ACGGGGAUCCCCUCAGCUCGCCUUCUCCUGCUGCAGUCCUGGGGGCUGAGGGACGGUGUCUGUCUCUUUAGAGAGCUGCUGCUUCGAGAGGAGAAACAUCAAAUAUUCCAGGAAUUGGCAUCAGAUGAUACUCCACACGUCCCCAAUGAGAAGCUUGGAGAAGAAAAGGUUCUGCACAUAAUAGAAAAUCUGACUUCUCUGAUAAAAGAGACGUUUCCAGAUACUAAAGUCUAUGUGGCAAUGGGCAAUCAUGACUUCCACCCCAAGAAUCAGUUUCCAGGGAAGGAGCACAGGAUCUACAACCGAACAGCUGAACUGUGGCGUCCCUGGCUGAAUGAUGCUUCCAUUCCUCUUUUCAGAGCAGGAGCUUUCUACAGUGAGAAGCUGCCCAGCCCAAGGACAAGGGGGCGAAUAGUUGUCCUCAAUACCAAUCUGUACUAUGACCAGAAUGAUGAGACAGCUGGUGAGGAAGAUCCUGGAGGGCAGUUCCAGUGGCUGGAAGAGACACUGACCAAUGCCUCUAGAGCAGAUGAAAUGGUCUACAUGGUGGGGCACGUCCCUCCUGGCUUCUUUGAGAAGAAACGAGGAAAGCCCUGGUUCCGCAGUGGCUUUAAUGAACGAUAUUUGAAAAUUGUGCAGAAGCACCACAGAGUGAUUGCUGCCCAGUUUUUUGGGCACCAUCACACGGACAGCUUUCGGAUGUUUUACAGUGAUGCAGGUUCUCCAAUCAAUGUCAUGUUCCUGGCCCCUGGAGUGACUCCCUGGAAAACAACAUUACCUGGAGUGAACAAUGGAGCCAAUAACCCUGGGAUUCGGGUGAUCGACUAUGAUCCAGACACCCUUAAAGUGCUGGAUAUGGUGACUUACUACUUGAACCUAACUCGUGCCAACAUGAGGGCCUCAACAAGAGAUGAGGAGUUCCCAACAUGGGAGGAAGAGUAUAGGCUGACAGAAGCCUUCCAAGUCCCUGAUGGCUCCCCGCGCUCCAUGCAAACGGUGCUGGAGCGGAUAUGGAAGGAUCCACACUAUCUGCAGCAGUACUACGAGUUUAACUCCGUCAGAUAUGACCUCACCCUGUGCGAGGAGGCCUGCCGCAUUGAUCAUGUUUGUGCCAUCAGGGAAGUUGGUUUUGCAAAAUACAAUGAGUGUGUUAAAACCAGCGGCUCUGCCUCUGCUGUCAUCAGUGGCUGGCUUUUAUUAUUCUGCUUGCUCUUAAGACUUCUGAGUCCCCAGCAAGCGCCGUAACGACAGGCAAGAGAAAACGAAGAGAGCACAGGUUCACCAUGCAUGUGAAUUGUGAAUGCUUUUGGCAUCAAGAACUGACUCGGAAACCAAGACAAAACCAGUGGCUUUUAUGAAAAGCUCUAUGAUGUUGAUCUGAAAUCUUCUAGAAAAGAAGGAAUUGGGAAAAAGCAGUGACUGCUAGAAAGUCCUUUCGUGCCAGGCUGACUUGCACCAGGGAGUCUGUCUCCCUUCUGCUGU